AUGGGCUCGAUAAAAAGGGUUUUGAAUUGGUCUCCAGAUGGGAAUGUUGACUAUAUUUCGGUGAAUCCAACGAGAGAAGAACUGGCUCAUUACAAGGUGGUUCCUGAUGACACCAGCGACCAAUCAAUCUCUAAGGUAAACGUGGUAAAAGAUUUCGAUAACAUUACAUGUCUAGACUUCUCUGAAUCAGAAGUUGGCCUUGUAGCUGUGGGUGAGAAAAAUGGGAUGGUCCGAGUGAUGAACGUGGUGUACGAUUUCUCAGACCAAGGUAGCUCUCAGCUUAAUGUUCGAGCGAAACAACAGAGAGCAGUCAAUACUCUUGGGAUGAGUAAUAGUGGCCUCAUAGCUAUGGGCCUAGAACGAAACCGUCAUGACGCUUCUCUCCAAGUGUGGGACAUCAAUUACCAAAGCACAGAUUCUAAUGUGAUCAGCCCGUCGUUUGCAUUUUGCGUAAACGAAACUGUGGUGUCCUUGCACUUCGUUGACGAUACUACUUUAAUCGCGGGCACUAACAAGCUUUUGAGAGAGGUCGAUCUGAGGUCUCCAACCCCUGCUUAUCAGCUCCCGACUCGCCUCUCAUACGACAUAAAGAUAAACCCUUUUGACUGCUGGCAAUUCACUACGUAUGGUGAUGACGGAACAGUAGCCAUCUGGGAUCGCCGUAAAUUGAGUGUUUUUACUUCGUCAAGCGAAAGCACAGAGGCCCUCCCACUGUUAAAGUUCGACAAACUAAUUGGCCAAGGCGCCGUCACCAGAAAAUAUACAAAUUCAUGCUUUCGUUGGUCUUCUCUUCGUGGCAAUGAAUUUACCACAUUGCAUGGGGGCCAGGUAAUAAGAAGAUGGCGAUUGGGAAGCUAUCCUAGCAGGCUUGGAGAUGAAAAUUCCCUAGAUGAUAAUAAGAAGUUUCCAUCCCAUAUCAAUUCGCUGUUUAUUUCGACUGUUCAUGACAUUAACACCAUUUACGAUAGAGUAGCUACUUUCGACUACAUUCCGAGAGAUGAUGGUGCAACUAAUUUUAUUUGUAUGAGACAAUCAGGUACAGUAUACCGAAUGUCUCUCCAAGGAGGAACGUCAAAAGCCGCUUUCAAUUGCGACAAUAGCCUUCUUAUGGCUAACAAUGACAGACCAAGUGUGGCAGAUUUCAGUGUUGCUAAGUUGGACGAAAAGGUUAGCAUGAAUGGCAAUGCAACCGCCUCCAAAGGCUUGUCAUUUGAGGACCUUGAUCUUAGUGACGAAGAAGAUGAUCAAAACAGUAGUAAGGAAUCACAGGAUAAAGAUUCGAUUGAUUACAGCUCUCACGAUAGCGACAAUGAAAGACCCUCGAGAUCAGCUUCCUCACACGAUGAAAGGGUCCCUUUUCUUCUAAAACCAGAGGUGUUACUCCAAAAUGACAUUAGUAUGAUAAUGAAGAGGCGUGCUUUAUUGAAUUACGGGUUGGAUCCUGUCAAGACUGUGGAGCUCAUCGACAAGUCACGAUCGUUGCAAAACAAUGCAUACAUCAGGAAUACUUGGAGAUGGUUAUCAAUUGCAAAAGCUUCCGUUGACGACGGAACUAUGGUUUCAGGCGAACUAGAUUUAGGUUAUGAAGGCAUAUUAGGAAUAUGGAAUGGCCUAGAUGGACUUCUAAAACAGGACAGGUGCCGUGAAGGAACGAUUUUAACGGAAAGGCAGCUAAGCAGAGAGCUUGAAAAGAUUAUUAGGAUGAGAGGAAAAUACAGAUCACGAAUGGGAGAGUCGAAGGGUUUACAAACUUUUGGGAACUCAGCAAAGCAUACUCAGCGAAAGCUAUGCAUGAUCAUAUCAGGAUGGGACUUGACACCAUCGGAUUUUGAAGAGAAAUACAAGAAUUUAAUAAAAGCGAAUCACUAUGAGAAAGCUGCUGGUUGGGCCGUUUUCUUCGGAGAUGUCACGAAGGCUAUCGAAAUUUUGAGUUCGGCCAAAAAAGAACGGUUGAGACUUAUCGCGACGGCCAUCGCAGGAUAUCUGGCAUACAAAGACCAACCCGGAAACAAUGCCUGGCGCCAACAAUGUAGAAACAUGUCGUCAGACCUGGACGACCCAUAUUUAAGAGUCAUUUUUGGAUUUAUUGCAGACAACGAUUGGUGGGAUAUAUUAUCCGAGUCAGCUAUAUCUUUUAGAGAAAGGUUAGGCGUUGCUCUACGAUUUUUGAAUGACAGCGACCUGACUCGAUUUUUGGAAAGGACCGCUGAGUCUGUAAUUACAAAUGGAGAGCUAGAGGGCUUGAUACUUACGGGUAUCACCCCAAGUGGUAUCAAAUUACUACAGUCAUAUGUCAGCAAGACUAGUGACGUCCAAACUGCGGCUUUAUUGUCUGUUUAUGGCUGUCCUCGAUAUUUCAAGAGCCCGCAGGUUGAUGAAUGGGUACAGACUUAUCGCAUGAUGCUGAAUUCGUGGGAGCUGUUCACCGUCAGGGCCAAAUUUGACGUACUUCGCGGUCAGCUUGCGCGCAACGCCCAGAAUAUAUCGCGAGGUGGCUGUCGACCACGGCAACUGUAUAUCCAGUGUUUGAAAUGCAACAAAAAUAUCAAUGCCCCCUCCGACGCGAAUCUGGGAGCUCGCAACUCAAAUGUAAUGCCAAACGGGAUGAAGAGCUUUGGGAAUGGUAGUGGAGGUAAAAAGUUUGGUUUCAAUAUUACCUCUCCCUCCAAUACAGCCUUCCAAAAGCAUUCCUGUCCCCACUGUGGUACCCCCUUUCCUCGCUGCGCCAUCUGCCUACUGCCUCUAGGUACGUCUAAUUUGCCUAUUGUGAUCAACGGUAAGGCAUCAGAUCACGAACAGUCUCUCGAGAACUACCAAGAUGUACAAGAGGCACGUCGACUACGACUGAACGAGUGGUUUAGUUUCUGCUUGACUUGUAACCAUGGAAUGCACGCAGGGCAUGCAGAGGAAUGGUUUGAAAAGCAUCGUACGUGCCCAGUUCCAGGAUGCAACUGCCGCUGCAAUACCUAG